UUUUAAGGGAGUUACAGGAGAAACAUUAUCCACCAUAAUCACGUUUUUCAAGAAUUUUUCAAAUUUCGUAAAAGUUUUUGGUUUUUUGCUGUUCAUCAAUUUAUAUGCGACUGAUUCGAAUCAAACACCAUUGACGUGAGAUUGAUGCGUCAUACGGUACUUAAGUUCGUAUUUCUAAAACAUUUCCGACCACUAUAACAGAUAUACUUAGCGUAUUUUGUUCAGAAACGCAGCUGUUUGAGAAAAUCUUUUUUUCCACACCGCUUAGGGUGAUGUAUUAGUGCCAGUGCAAAAAUAUAGUAAUGUUAGUUUUUAUUGGUAGAUGACGCUACCUUGCUUCAUUUGUAACCAAUUGUAACAAGAUCUAAUGAAACAUGUUGAAAAUAUUUCGUUUUAAAAUCAGUUGUCAAGUCUUUCAUGAAAAAAUCGAUAUCUAAAACUUAUUUUGUGUUUUUCUCGAAACAUAGUUUUCUGACAGUAAAAUUGAAAUAACUUAGGCUCGGUUCAGGCAUUCCCAGAUAUUUUUUUGUUUGUUUUAAAGGUCUCAGUUGGGACUAACUUUUCAUCGGACGGAUUUUUGAUAUAAAGUUCUUAGGCUGAGAAAAGCUCAAUUUAUCGCCUUUUUUGGCGCCAUUUUUGAGACGUGUACAUUAAAAUGCUUAUAAAAAAUCAAUAGAGUCAAAUUUCAAAAAUCCGUCCGAUGAAAAGUUGCGCAUAGAGUCUAGCUUCAAUUUAAAACUACCCCGACCUCGAUAUCUAAUAGGGUCAUGGAGUUAUUUCGAUUCGCGUGGAGGCCAGAAAAUACAUCGUAACUCUAGUUUGGUAAGGAAUACAAGGCUGAAAUUUUUAUCAUAAAUGUUUCUAGUGGCGUAUCUGGAACAGUGGCGACUCGCUGGGAGUGGGUGGACAGUGGAAGUUGGCGCCACUCUUUUUUUGCUUUUAAAUGUUUAAUUAUGCGUUAUUAAAACCUGAAAUUUUUAGUGGAUGUAGUUCAUGUUAGGGCCAGAUUAUAAUAAAAAUUUCAGGUAUAAAUAACACACAAUUGAAAACUUAGAAGCAAAAAAAGAGUGGCGCCACUUUCCACUGCCCACCCACUGCCAGCGAGUCGCCACUGUUCUAGAUACGCCACUAAAUGUUUCUCAUCAGGGCCAACCAUCGCUAUAAGUUUCAGCCCGAANCCAGGCAUAGGGGCGGGAGGAGGGCAGGGGGGGUGGGGGGGGGGGGGGGGGGGGGGGGGGGUGCCCCCUUAAGUUCAGUCAGUAAAUUUUCAUUUCGAUUUCAAGAUUGUUUUGUCUUUUCUCGUUUGAAUGAUCUUUAUCUCUUUUGAAUUAACAAAUAAAAAAAGUACUUUUUCUUUUUUCUCCUAUUUAGACCUAUUCUGUUGAUCAUCAUCAUCAUUUCUAUUUGUUCUUGUUUGGUGAGGAUAUUUUUGAUUCAGGUUAGUCGAAUUUUUGAAUCAAUUUGGUAUCAACAUUCCGCGGUCUUUUUUUCGGUGUUAGUAGAUAAAUUUAAAUCAUUAAUCUGUUGUCACACAUCGGCAUUAUCAAUCGAAAAUGAAUAACAAAAGUGAGUAGUUGUUUGGUGUUCUUUAGAAACUUCUUUCCGAUUAUAAAUAUUUGAUUCAGUGGAAAAGUUUCUUCUUCUACUUUUAUUACGAAAACAAACGUUGGGAUAAUUCUUGAAAGAAGAUUUCAGCUUUUUGUUUAUUUAAUAAAUUGUUAUCUAUUGAUUUUUAUGUUUAGAUGUUGUCGAAAAAUUCAAGUUUAUUGUGUCUUCUCUACCGACAUCAAGCACAUUUAAACAACAGUUGGAAUCUAUUCUUGGUCAGUAUACAAAUGAUGAUGAAAUUUCAUUACGUAUGUUAAUCGACCAAACAUAUGUUCUAAUAUUUGAAAACAAUAAAAGCUCGUCAGAAUCCAAUACACCAAAAGAAGCUAGUGAAUUCACGAAAUCCACCGCAGGAACAGUCAACCAAAAAACAACUCAAGAAUUACUUAAUGAAAUUAUUGAUCAAUUGGAUGUCUUGUUAGCAGAAAUUAUAACUGGUGAAGAUGAUUUGACUCGAUUUAAUAUUGUGAAAAUCGACUUACGAGAAUUAUUCAUUCAAAUGGAAAAAAUGAUUUUUACGUUAGAAAAUGACGUUCCCAGGUCAAUGAUUCCGGACAACAGAUCCUGCAGGAACCGGCAGGAAAAUGCGGGAAAAUUCACCGUAUCCUGCAGGAAAACACCGGAAGUCGCCGGAACUGGGUGGCAGUAUUCCGGC